GCAAACAUGUUAACUGGGCUCUUAACGUUCAAUUUUGUCAAUAUUUUCAACAGUUGAGAUCAUUCCUUUGCUAGCGUUUCUCUCCUUUUCUCCUUCUCUUUUCACCUCUCAGUCAUCACCAUAUCAUCAUCCUUAUCGCCAUUUGCAACAAUUUUUUCCAACUCUCCUUUCAUUUAGCCUUUACUGCUGAACAUUAACACAGCAACAGUUUAGUCAACAGUUGAAAAACUCUUUGUUUCAAUUUGGUUGCAUUUUUAAUGUGUUCAAAUCAAAUCAAUUUCAACGGUUUUACUCAAAGUUGAAUUGCCAAAAAUUGUUCUUUUUUCUACGCCAUCUUUAUCUCAGUUGUUCAGCGAUAUUUUGCUAUUGCCGUUUUUUUUGGUUUCCAGAAUUAAAUUGCCCUCAUCGACAAUACUUUCCAUCAUUAUUACCGUCAUCAUAACAUUUACCAACAACGAUAAAACCUCAACAAAUUCACAGAAAUCAUGACAGUCGAAGUAGAGCAGGUAUAUGAUGAACCAAUGGAGUCUGCAAGUAGUGGAUCUCAACAGAGCUUGUCAAGUUCAACCAAAUCAGAUGUUAGCUUUUGCACCACCAAUUCUGGUGACCAGAGUUUGGACGAUGCUUUGGAGGAAGGACGUGAGCUUAUGAAGAUGUUCAUUAACAACAAAAUGGAUGAAGUGUUGCCCAUUUUACAAGAAAAGGCUAAUUCAUCAAUGAUCCAUGCUUUAGGUGUUGCUGCAGUUCGUUUCUUUGAAGCCAUCUUAACAUUGGAUAAAAGUUACCUUCAAUCAACUAUCGAAGCAUUCAAGUAUUCAUCAGCAUUCGCAGACAGUUUAAGACGAAAAUCUUACACAUCAUUCCUUUUCUCGCCCAAUUACAAUGGUUACACCGAUGAAGAGUGUCAUGCUGAAUUGUGUUAUGCCAAAUCACUUCUCCUUUGGGGUUUAGUGACUGUUUUGGAGGAUCAAUCAAUUUAUGGUUUUAUUAAUGGUGCACUAAAGAUUCGUGCCUCACACCAAUCAUACAAAGAGUGUUUGGCCAUUUUAAAGCACAAAAAUACAUGGGAUUCUGAAAUUUCCCGAAUGCACUUUGAAAGUGGAACUCGUCUUGGUAUUGGUGCCUUUGAUUUGGUUAUAUCUUUCUUUCCCACUAAAAUGGCCAAAUUAUUGGAGUUUGUUGGUUUCAAUUCAGACCGGGAUGUAGCUUUGGAAGAGCUCAACAUGUCUGUUAAUUUGGUUGAUGGACUUCUGUACGAUGUUACUUCAAUCCUUUUAUCUGGCUAUUAUGGAUUCUUGGAAUACUUUUACGGUCUUGGUGAAGGUGAUGUUGAAUUUUUCAAUAGAUCAUCAAAAAUAUGGCUUGUUCGUACCCCUGAAUCAGCAAUCGUUAAACUUGGUUUAGGCGUUCGUGAAAAGAUUAUCGGUAAUCCAGAUAAGGCUAUUGAAUAUUAUGUUGAAUGUAUUAAAGGUCAAUCAUUCUGGAGGCAACUCAACUUUGCCUGCUACUGGGAAAUCAUUUGGUGUUAUGCGAUGAAAUGUGAUUGGGAAAAGGCUGCCAAUUAUGCUCGAUUGUUAAAGGAUGAUUGUAAAUGGUCACCAGCCAUGUUUACUUACCUUUAUGCUGUAUUUACCUUUAUGGUUAUGGAGGAAAAUGAUCGUCCCGAUCUUGAACAGGACAUUUCAAAAGCUUUCUUAAGAAUACCUCAAUUAAAACGACGAUUCGGUGGUAAACGAGCUUUCCAUGAAAAGAUCGUUAUUGAACGAUCAAGAAAAUACCAUGAUAAGGUUAAACAAAUGCUUCUACCUCCUUUUGAAUUAUUGUAUAUCUGGAAUAUAUUUAAAAUGAUGGCCAGCAAUCAAAAGCUGAUUCAAGCUUACUUAGACAAAAUUGAUGCCAAGUUAGCCAUUCACAAAAAAUCUAAAGAUGAUCAAAGUAGUCCUCUUGAUGCUUAUUGUUACUUGAAAUUUAUGAAAGGUGUUUGCUACCGACAUCUUAAUCAAUUAGUUAAAUCAAUUGAUUGUUUCACUGAAGUCCUCAAUUGUAAAAAACGAAUCGACGAGGAGACCCACCUUUUACCUCAAUCAGCUUUUGAACUUGGUUUGAUUCAUCGAUCAAUGGGACAAAAUGUUGAGGCCAAGAAAUGGCUUAAAAAAUCACGAGAUGAUUACAGUGGAUACUUAACUGAAACGAUGAUCCAUUAUCGUGUACAAUGUGCCCUAUCAUCGCUCAAACAGUGAUCAAACUAAUUCUAAUUAUUGUAAAUUUAAUAUUGUAAUUUACUUGCUCACUUUAUACUCUUUUUUUCCUCACUUUAUCUUAAUUCUACCUUUAAUUCAAUGACGAAAUGAAAAUUGUAUCAAUUUUAACAAUUAUUUCCACUAUAAUGCUAAUGAUAAUAUUGAUUUAUUAUUAAAUGACAAUAAAA